UUCUCCCUAAGGAUCAAACUCAUAAAGACAUGAACGUUCACAGAUUUUCGAAAUUUUUUGCAGGGACACUUCAUUUGGCAAUAGUAAUUCAAAAAUGUAUUUAGAUCUGAUAGUGUUGCUGUGGUUGCUAUGGAAACAGCAUGUCAUAUUUCUGAUAAUGUAAUUUGAACUAAAAAAUGAGUUUCUAAAUAAAAGAUACAAAUUGCAGAGACUUUGUUUAAAUAAAUGAAUAUGUACUAAAUUAAUAAUUUUGAAAUGGCCAAAUGAUUAUUUUAAUUUGUCUAAAUUUACCUUGGAGGUCUGAUUAAUUGUAUGAGAGCUCAAUGUAUAGAGCUUUGUGUUGUUUUUCUUGAAAAACUUAGGAAAUUUCACAGCCAAAAUAUAUUAAUUGCACCAAACAUCAUUAAAUUUAGUAUAGAUAUUUUAAAAUAGGCUACCAAAGACAAUCAAUUAAGAAAAAAAUAUUAGUGGGGUAAACAUUAUUUUUCAUACAAUCACCAUUGAAAGUUUUCAAAUAAGCAUCAUUUUUGUCAGAGAGUUAUUUCCCUUUUAUUGCCUCAUUUAUUUAGAAGCAAUAAACAAUCUAUUGUCCAUAACAACAUAACAGACGACAGAAGAUGGUAAUAUGUGUGCACCUAGUUGAGAAAUAAUCAAAAAACAGUGAGAUGAAUUGUAGUUUAAGUUGUUAUGACACAUCUGUGUGUUGUAGUAGUUCUUAUGAAAGCAUCUGUGACAUAGAUAGGGAAAUAUCAGACAUAGUAUUGUCAGAAGUUGGUCUGCUUUUCUGUCAGAGAACCAAAAACUUUUCAGUCUGUAAUGUUCAUUUGGAGAAAAUCUUGAUUAAAAACCGGUCUAAGAAUAAAUCUGUUCGAUGUGCUAUUCCAACACUACUUUCACACCAUAAGAAGACAGCUCCACGGGCGGAGAGAAACAUUACAAAGGAUGCCAUGAUGAAGAUUCACAGCAGUACUGGCAUUGUACUGGCUAUUGGAACCCCUAUCUGUUCAAACUGCAGAAAACACUUGUCAUCAGGCAAACCAGAUGCACAUCUUGAAGUUUCAGUGCCAAGUGAGGAAAUCUCUGUAGAGACAUUAUCAGAGAUUGACUUUAACACAAAUUUAGCUUUAAACAUUGAUGGAGAGAAAAGAGAAGACAAACGCUACAGUUCUAGAUCUGAUUCAUGUACAAAACUUUGGAAUGAUCACCAUAAGGAAACAGUAACAGAUGGAGAGAGUCAAACAGAGAGUGAAAGUAUGUGCUUAGAGACAGGUGACAGCCAAUAUUCAGAGGCAUCAGUCUGUGUGAUGGACAAGUUACAGAAGCUGAAUUCCUUCCUGGCCAUUUCAGAUGUGUCACCUGUGAAGGAAAAAUUGAUUCCAUUAUCAUCAUCUACAGAUAAAACCAAGCAGAGAUGCCUGUCAAAAGCACUACAAUGUAUGUCAGCCAUUUGUGAAACCAUCUGUCCGGGUGAGGGAGACUCUUUAAAAGAUUUGUUGUUCAAGUCUGUGCUUUCAGCACAUACACCUGAAAAGUCCUCUACACAUGAUCAAACAGCACUUAUAUUAAAGGACAUAUAUAUUUCAGCAGAAACAUGGUCAUUAAGAAGGCAAAUCCUUUCAGUUUUAUCCAGAAAUUACAGCUUUAAUGAGGUCAGAGAGAUGAUACCGGAUCUGACAAAGUACCGAUUUUAUGCUGCCAAACUGCACAGUGAUGAAGUAGGCUGUGGUCUCCCUGUGUCCAAAGAAAGACUAACGAGAAACAAGAUAGACAUAGCAGAGUUGGAACACUUCAUAGAUUUCAUUAUCAGUUCAGAUGUUGUUAAAGAUCUACCUUUUGGUAUGAAAACUAUGAAGCUUACAACUGGAGAAAUAGUCGCUGUGCCGAAUUUGAUUCGAAGUCUUGCACCUUCAUCUCUUGUAAAUCAGUACAUUCAGUAUUGUGAAUCAGAAAAUGUUGGUCAUUUAGGAAGAAGCACAAUGUAUAAGAUCCUUAAUGACUGUUCUGCCUCAGUAAGGAAAUGUGUUGAGGGUCUUGACUAUUACAUCGCAGAGGGUGGAAAGGCAUUUCAAGAUCUUGAAACCAUCAUAGAAAAACUCUGCACAUCCAGUGAAAAGAAGAAAGAACUGAAAUCCAAAUUGCUAAAUGGGAAGCGAUAUAUCAAAUCAGAUUUCAAGGUACAUAUCCAAAAAGAGAAUGCUGUUCCGGAUCAUUGCCAAAUAUUUGCACUAAGUGAUAGUGAAAAGUGCUUCUCCCAAAGUUGUAACACCCAGCAUAAACACAGUUGUGAACAGUGUAUUGACUUGGCAGACUUUUUAGCUGAAAUAAGUACACUGACACAGAAUGGUACAUGGGACAAUAAAGAUUCCAUUGUAUUCCAGGUUGAAAAUGCUGUAGAAGCUAUAAAAGAUUGGAAAAGUCAUGCUAUGAGAGCUAGGAAUCAAGAAGGUGCAAAACAAGAUCUGCUAAAGAAUUUAAAUGAAAAUCAAGCACUUAUCACAUGUGACUGGGCGAUGAAAUUUCUACCACGCAAAUUUAGAGAAGGUCAGAGUGACUGGUUCGCCAAACGUGGAAUCAACUGGCACAUUUCGGUAACCUUAUACAAACAAGGGGAAGAACUAAAGACAAUUACACAUGUACACAUUUUUUCAUCCCAGAUAUCUCAAGAUGGUUCUGUUACUGCUUCUGUGUUGUGUGAUGUAGUUCAUGAUCUGAGAAAACAACUACCAAACAUACAGGAGGUAAACUUCUUCUCAGAUAAUGCAGGAUGUUAUAAGAACACAAUGUUGAUGGUAGCACUUAAAGAUGAACUAGGAGAUAAGUUGAAAACAUACAACUUCAGUGAAGCACAGGAUGGCAAAGGUCCAUGUGACCGCAGGGCUUCACAUAUCAAGGCAUGUGUUAGAAGAUACAUUAAUGAGGGACAUGAUGUCACAUCUGCAGAGGAGAUGAAAAAGGCUAUAGAUGUUAAACAGAAAGGAUCAUUUAGGGUAAAAGUUGUUGACAUUGUUACUAAUUUGGAUGCAGAGAAGUCACAGAUUAAACCAAUUACUGGAAUUACUCAAUUGCAUAAUUUUUCAUUUGAUGUCAAUGGAAUAACAGUUUGGAAGGCAUAUGGAAUUGGAGAAGGAAAGCGGAUAGCAUGGGAAAACAUCGGAACCACAGAGCAAAGAACCAAUCUGUUGGUUAAAGUUGAUUGGACAAUUACAGCUCCUCAGUUGUUGGAAGUAGAAGUUAUGGCACAAGAAGAAGAACUUGUAGAACCAAACCCUAAAAAACAAAAGAAGAACUCCAUCAAUCAGCCAUAUGAUUGCCCAAAAGACGGCUGCACAAGAGCUUUUAAAACUCAAUGUGCACUGGAGCAACACAUCAUUGUUGGUAAUUGUGAUUAUCACAAUGAAAAAACAACUGAAGAUAAAGCCAAGUCAAUGUAUGGACAAAAAGUUAAUUCUUUGUUUCACGGUACAAGGGUUCAACUGGAUUGUAACUUAAAUGACUGCCGUACAUCAGAAUCAGUAAAAGGAUGGGCACUGAAAGGUAAAAAGAAAAGAACAGUUUUUACUCAAUCUCAAGUGAAUUACAUGAAGGAGAAAUUUGAUAUUGGGAAGGUAUCAGGAAGAAAAGUCGAUCCCUUUCAAGCAGCUGAUGAGAUGAGACAGCUGCAACAAGGAGGGAAAUAUGUUUUUUCAAGGAAGGAAUAUUUAACUGGGCAGCAGAUUACAGCAUAUUUUUCAAGGUUGGCACUCAAAGACAGGAAGACCGACCUUGAUGAUUUCAGAUCUGCCGAAGAGGAAAAUAAUAAGAGAUGCCUUAAACAGGAGAUUUUGGACAGUGUUUCUUUAUAACUUUGAUUAAACAGUUUCUUUCAAAAAUUAAGCUCAAUCAUCUAGUAUCACAUUUUUUUUAUUAACAUAUUUAUAGAUAAUUCAGUUUUAAUAUAUGUGUACUUUAAUGUUUUUUUGUUAAUUCUUGUACGAAAAAAAACCCUUAUCUCAUUUAUCAAGGCAAAAACUUGAACUUUACAAAUUUGACCUUGACAGUUUAAAGUUGUCCUGAAAGUGCAAUUUGAACCUUUUUUUUAACAUCAAAAGGUCAUAUCCCUAUUCACUGACUAGCUUGAUUAAAGAUAACAAUUCAAGAAGAUCUGUUACUAUUCUAGACUCAGACUAGACAAAGUGGAGUAAUUUUUUUUAAUUUUUUUUUUACCUUGACCUCUAAUUUUGAAUUUUUACAUCUGGCAAGACUUAUUUGUAUUUCUUUCUUUAUAGUAAUAACCAAUGUAGAUAUUUACUAUUAACAUUAAAGAAACAGCCAGGAAUAUCAUUAAAAAUCUACAAAUUUUGGCAAAAAUGUCAAUAUUUCAGAUCUUUGACAUUGACCUCUGACCUUGACCUUUGGAGUAUUGAUCUAAAAGUCCUCAUCAAUCUUUUGCUUUUAAUAGCAUCUCAUUGGCUUUUACUUUUUGAACAUUUUGGUUAAUAAUUGAAUGUAAGAAAAUGAAAAAAAACUUGCCUUGAUAUGUGUCAAAUUAAGAAAAUUUGCAACUCGGUGGGGGCUUUUUGGGGUUCAUGUUAAAGUAAAAAUACUUCUUACCCCACUAAAUUUUUUUUUAUUUUGGACAGCAUAAUUACAAUGUUCUUUAAAAAGAGUAAUAACUUUAUCACUGAUUUGGUGCAUUUUUAUAAAUUAGCCUUAGAAAUCCAUUCAAUAUUUGACAUUUUAAAAAAAUGAAAAAAGUGG